AUGGCCACACCAGACGAGUCCAAGCAGACCCUUAAGGCAUCACUCAGGCGUCUUACUCGUCCAUUCCGACUCUCGAAACCAGAGCUCGAGUCUACUUUGUCCACAGAAUCUUCCACUACGGCUAGUAUCGAUAGACUCAUAACCCUGCCAAUCUUCCAGUACAACCUUCUGGAUACGCAUAAAAAGAGCGUCAGGCUACUGGAAAUACUUCCGGGGUCAGAUUUUGAGCCGAUUAGCGUAAGGCUAUUACAUUGCGAUCUAGAGGACAAACCCCGCUACAUCGCACUGUCUUAUACGUGGGACCAGGGCAGUCAGGAGAAGUAUAUCCAAUGUCAAGGGACGAAGAUUGGGGUGGGUGAGAACUUGUGGCAGUUUCUUCACCAAUAUCGGCAAAAGACGUCUAUCGAACAGUAUCGCGAGAAAAGCCCGGAUAGCACUUUCCGGCUUUGGAUAGACGCUGUGUGCAUAAAUCAGAAUUCAAACGCAGAAAGGAGCCAUCAGGUGUCCCUGAUGCGCGAUAUAUACAUGGGAGCGGACUCUGUUAUUGUCUGGCUCGGCCUUGCCCAGAAGAAUGACGAGUUAGCGUUCUUGCUCACACGAUAUCCAAACCUUCUCAGUGUCGAUGAGAUUUCGACAGCUUUAAUUCAGCUCCUCAACAAGUCGUAUUGGAGUCGUGUAUGGGUGGUUCAAGAGUUUGUUCUUGCAAAAACCGUAAAGAUAUGGUGCGGCGAGUUUCAAGCAGACGCCGCUGAUUUUGAGAGUCUCUGGCACGAUGAUCGAUCGACAAUAGGACUAUCUUCACUGUCACAACAGAUCCUCGACAGUGGUGGAUGGCUGCUCUUUUCUCAUAGGCGGGAUUUCCGACAUUCACGAGUGUACAAGAGGAAGCCCCACGGUGGAAGAAAUAGCAAAACGCUGAAGGCAACCUUUCGGCUUCGCGAUCUUCUCCAGUCAUUUUCCUCGUCAAAAAGUAGCGAAGUGAACGACAAGGUUUAUGGCUUCCUGGGCAUUGCUACAACUGGGCCCGGAGAGCCAAUCCGACCGGACUAUUCGAAAACCCCCGUCGAGCUUCUCGUGGAUGUGCUUCGCAACCAGGGCAAUGAAAAGACGGCCAGUGGGGAGGAUGAUAACCACAAUUUUGUUACUCUCCUCAUGAGCAGGCUUAAUGUAUCCCGCAUGCAAUUCGCAAGGCACGUAAUACAAAACUCUCCUGAAAUGGAGCCAUUCAUCUACGUCCUUGCUAAUGCUGGCUUCAUGGUGGCCUCACUCUCUCUUCCGGGCACCAUCGUCGAGAUAGGGUCCUCGGUACACCGGGCAGAGGCGUUUCAGGAGAACAUGUGGAUGGCGGGCAGCUUAUCAAGAUCUCCAAUGCAUCCUGGAGGUUUGUCGAAUUCAGACAUUCGAGAUCUGGGCUCUCUCGCUACGUUCCCAGAGACUCGACUUGCUUUGGAGUUCGAGGAUUAUCAUAUUGAGAACGCUGUACAUCGAGGCAGGUCUGAAAAGCUCCGCCAAUGCUCUGUUGCGAAGUCCACCAAUACCAUUAUUCAAAGUCUAAUAGACCAAAACCGGCGCGGCAAAGAAAGUAUACUCGAGGAAGUUCAAGAAAGAUCGCAGAUUGACAGCAAAGAUCUUCGACAGAUAUUCUCGCGCAGUUUUAGCAAUGGCACCGCCCUGAUUUCGAGCGCAUGGCAGAGACAAUCCGAAUGGGACACUCAAGCUCGCUAUGAGCAAUACACAACCUUCAUGGGGACCAACAACAUCAUUGGCAUCCUCUGCACAAGUGGCAGUCCAAACGCCCCGCAGGUGAUGCCUGACGACUACAUAUGUGUCUUCUCUGAUGACAUUGUAUCCAAAAACGCCCUCAUAAUUCAGCAUGAUGAGAUGGAACAGCGAUGGAUCAUCGUCGGCUUCGCAGUCAUAACCACUUCGAUAUCAGACACUGAGCCUCGCGGCGUUGUGCACUUUUGCUUCCACUGCCACUUGACAGACAUCCUCGAGCUCAGUCGUUGCGGUAUACUAAGCGAGACUCAGCUUGAACGGCUGCUCAAACAGUCUUUAGAGGAUGGUAAUAUUGGAGACAUCCACCAGUGUAGUCUUGGAAUUGAACGCUACCCCGUUCUGGAGUUUGGGUUGUAG